AGUUGUCAAUUUUUAUGACUACGUUAACGUGACGAUCAAGUGCUGUGUUGUGCCGAAGGUCAGAGAACAAUAAAAAAACAUUAAUAUUUUUACGCAACAUUUUUUUAAUAUACUAAUAUCCUGUAUAUAGUCUUCGCAAAUAAAUAAUAAUAAUUGUUUACAGUUACGUUAUAACCUAGUACACGGAUGUAAUAAAAAUAAAUAAGCAUUAAUCCUUAUCACUUGCUUAUUAAGUUUAUCACAAAAAAAAGACGGACGCAGGACUUUGAACAUGGGGAAUAAGUCAUCAUUACUCCUUAGAGAAGAAGAAAUAGCGCAAAUCCAAGAAGAAACUGGGUUCACACCUAAUCAAAUUGAAAGACUCUACUCAAGGUUUACGUCUCUCGACAAGAAUGAUUGCGGCACUCUCUCACGUGAGGACUUCCUUCGCAUCCCUGAGCUGGCGAUCAACCCUCUGAGUGAACGGAUUGUCCAUUCAUUCUUUGCCGAAAGCCAUGACGACAGAGUCAACUUCCUGCAGUUUAUGAGGGUGCUGGCCCAUUUCAGGCCGAUACGAAAGAACAGAGAGAACAAACUUAACAGCAGAGAGGAGAAAUUGCGAUUUACAUUCUCAAUGUAUGACCUUGACAGUGAUGGCAAAAUCUCCAGGGAUGAACUCUUGGCUAUACUGCACAUGAUGGUUGGGGCAAAUAUCAGUGAAGAACAGCUGACCAGCAUCGCAGAACGCACAAUCCUCGAGGCGGACACCAACAAUGACCAGAUGAUAUCGUUCGAAGAGUUCUGCGGAGCACUGGAGAGGACAGACGUGGAACAGAAAAUGUCCAUCAGGUUCCUCAACUGACCACCAAACUCUUGAAGCACAUACAUCAAGUACAUCCUGACUGCGCUGCUCGUGCUUCUCAUUUACGGGCUUUUAAAUAAGAAAUGAUGCUCUCAAUGUAAUUGUUUAAUGUUGAUGGGGA